CCCUUCUCGAGUAGACGAUACUAACAAUGUCAACAUGUCAAUGAAUGGAUUUACUACCAUAGUCAAUAAAGUUUUUUGAGAUAGCAUAUACAGUACUAUACCUGUGUAUACCCGACAGCGAGAUCACUUUGUAAAUGGUGGGUGGCGGUAUAGCAGCCUCAGAUGAUCAUUGUCUGCGCUGCAAUCAAUCAGUCAACAGAAAUAAAAACGCACAAUAUGGAGGAAGGAAAACAGUAGGAACACGAAAGAGAUGACCGUGGAGAAAAGGACGAUGCGGAGAGGAGAAAGGCUGGAGAGCAGUGCUGCACGUCGCCAUUGCUGUCCCCACGGUUGCAGCUGGGCGGUGUCGGCACUGGGGUUCUUGGUUUCCAAUUCUGGAUACCGACAUUGUUCGGGAUCUUCCGUCAGACCUUCAGACCUCCUCAGAGCCACAAGACUUUGAAGCUUAGGAUGAGGGCAAAUGCUAAUACGAUUAUUGUGGACGAAGAGCUUAUUCUCGUCCCGUAUAGGGAAGAACAUGUUGCUAAGUAUCAUGAGUGGAUGUUGAAUCCCGAACUUCGCGAACUCACUGCAAGUGAGCCCUUGUCACUCGAGGAAGAAUACGAGAUGCAGAGAAAGUGGCAAGAUGAUGAAGACAAGCUGACUUUCAUUAUAUGCGUGCGAGAGCCAAAUGCAAAAGCAGUUUGGGCAGCCAACGAUGGCUCGACGCAGACAACAGCAUCGCUGGUCAUGAUCGGUGAUGUGAAUCUGUUCUUCAAAGGUUCUCCUCUAGACGAAGACUUCGAAGUCGAAGCAGAGGUAAUGAUCGCGGACCCUGCAUACCGACGACGUGGAUACGCCUCUCGCGCACUCCAGCUUUUGCUGUCAUAUGCGACGUCACCGAGUUCACCGGCCCCACUCCCAAUCCCUCCACACGUUUUGGUUGUUCGCAUUGGCGAGGGAAACGGAGCUAGUCUACGUGUUUUCGAGAGAUUAGGAUUUGUCAUUACGAAGAGGGUUGAGGUCUUCAAGGAGCUAGAGAUGCGAUUUCGUGGGAGCACAGACGUGUGGAAGCAAGGUGUCGUGAGACCAUAUGAUGAACUGCCUUGUUUUUAGAGAUGGUAUUACUCGCAUCUACGGAUCUCCAUCUAAUGCUUGCUACUGGCUGGUGCAAGUUUCGGUAUCGAAACGGUACUCCGUAUAAUGAGCUGCACUGCAAAGCGUCAUCUCAACCCAUGCGCUUUAUGUACUAUGCCAGCCUUGUGAUCAGUGAAUUUCUUUUCGCAGUUGCGAUGUUCCCAAGCUGCUCCCAGGGGCAUCCUUCCCCAGAUCAACCCCGUCAGAAGCCACUAAUUUGGUGGGGUGCGGGGUACCGCUUAUCAGUUGCUCUGGGCCAGAGAAUAUUAAUGCGGGGAAGCGCGGACACAUGACUACACAUCACUACCCCUCUCUUUCGUUCGUCAUAUCGCUUUAGCGUCGGCGUCGGCAGCAUAUUCGCUUUUUACAAAUGAACAUUUCCCUUCUUC